AUGAGUAAGUCACACCUAAGGACUACAGUUACCAGUACUACGCACACACAAAAAUUGACCAAAAAUAUAAAAUUUAAUGCCUCGCUAAUAGCUAUAGCACAUUCUUUUUGUAGUUUAUUGGCAUUCCUGGUAGCUUUGAUAAUUGCCUAUAAGUUACACUACAUUAAAAUCAUCACAAACGCACACUUUUCCUAUCCUGACGAAUGGUUUCCAAGCGUAUCGGCAGCAAUUGGUGAUAGAUAUCCAGAGAGAUCAGUUUUUCAAAUAUUAAUUGCACUUACCGCACUACCUCGAUUUUUGUUACUAGGUUGCCAUUUCAUCAUAAAUAAUUAUUGCUGGAGUCAACUAAUUGUUGGUGUCUUAAGAACCGUUACUUGUGGUGGCUGGGUGUAUAUCACUAGUACCGAUGAUCAUGAUACACAUGAUGUUUUCAUGAUUGCUUACAUUAUUUUAACGAUACCUUGGAAUAUUAUAACGAUAAAAAAAGGUGGGGAAAAGUGGAAAAAAGGGAAAAUUUUGUGUAGUAUCUCAUUUUUUGGAACGUUAAUUCCACUAAUUUAUUGGUUUAUUCAACAUAAAGUGAAGAUUAGACCGGGAGCAUAUUCUAUUUACGCAUAUUUUGAAUGGACUUUAAUUAUUUUGGAUAUUUUAUUUGAUUUUUUGUGUUUAAACGAUUUCCAAUGCCUAGAUAUUCUAUUCAGAAUAAAGCCAACUUUUGGUUUGAGUUUUAUGAACGUGGGAAAACAAGAUGUCAAUGACCAGGAAGAUGAUCCUGAUUAUAUAUUAAGCGAACAGGAGGAUAUAUCAUUUUUGUCAGAUGAUGAAGUGUUAAGUAUAGACAAAGAAGAAAUCACCCAACUCCUCAUCGAAAAAGAUAUCAUUAUUCCUCAGGAGAACAAAAAAUCACAUUUUAACACCAUGAGAGACAGCGCAAAUUUUGAAAUUUUUAUCAACAUUAUAGAUUUUAUCAUUGCAACAUAUCAAUCUUUUCUAUUUUGGACGAGUGCCACCGCCUUGUUAUGCAUUAUAUGGCAUUUCCCGCUAUGGUAUAUGGGAAUUUCGGGUUACGAAUUGUCUAUUUUUUUUUUAGUAGCACCGGUGUUAUAUUAUAUACCAUAUUGUUCAUUAUGGGUAAAUCAUUAUGGAACAUUAUUAUCUUCCUUGAUUGCGCUGGGUUCCUAUUUGGUUUCCAUUCCAGAAAAAAGAUUAAUAGUUGUUGGUAUUGGUUGCAGCUUGUGUGUUUUAAAUUUUGUUUAUUAUAUUUAUUCUAUGUUGGAUACUGACUGGAAAAUUUUGGAAUACAGCGUUUGCUGGUGUUUAGGUUUGACUUUAAGUGUUAUUGUGAAAAUGGGCUGGUUUACAAAUAACCCUUUAUGGCCUAUAAUGUAUGAGGGAAAUGGUGGUUGGAAUAAAACCGGAAUCAUUAUUGGUUUAGUUUUGUCAUUCAUUGCCCCUAAUCUAAAUAAAUUUAAAACACCUAAUGGUACCAUAAGCAGGAGCACUGUAAGUUAUACAUUAGUGUCAAAAAGUCUAAUUAUAUUUGGGUUUGGUUCAUUAUUGUUUGCCAUCCAUCAGUUGUUGUCAGAUUCGUCUACUUUAAUAUAUUGGUCUUGGGAAGGUUGGAAUAUGAAGAAUGGAGGAACUCCGUUGUUACACUGGCCAUGGAGCUCAUUAACUUGUUUAAUUAUGUUAUUUUCAUCAUUAACCAAUUUCAUAUUGGCACCAACCUUGUCAAAGAAAUGUGUAGUAAUUCUAUUAUUGACAAUAUCGACCCUCGUACUUUCUUCGUCGCAUAUUACUGAGUGGGACAAUUAUCUAUAUGGCGGAGUACCAUAUUUAAUUAGUAUAAUUUGGUGUAUUCCAUAUUAUUUCCAGUCUUUAUAUGAACUGCAUUCGAUAUCUGUAUUUUGUUGUUCUUUUUUUAUUUAUGUUUUGCUUAUUUUAGCUCAUGUUUGGACUGUCGCUUAUGCUUUCGUUCCAUAUGGUUGGCUUUUAAGGGAAAGGUUGCCACAUGUUUUAUUGUUUUCUACUCUGAAUAUUAUACUUGGGUUAAUAGUCGGUGGAAAACCUGCUGGUUAUAGUAUCAGAUGUCACUCUGUUAAAUGUUCCAAAUUCUACCGGUUUUUGGUUGGUAUGGCAGUAACACUUUUUACUUUACUUGGGAUUUUUCAUAAGCAGUUACAGCCUUUUAAAACUGGGUUGCCUCAGCCACAUCAUGCCCCAGAAAAACUAUUUACGGCUGGUAUCUGGACGAUUCACUUUGGUUUGGAUAAUGAUAUGUGGGCUAGCGAAAAAAGAAUAAUCAACUUAAUUGAAAGCAUGGAGUUAGAUGUUGUUGGAUUAUUGGAAACAGACACUCAAAGGAUUACGAUGGGUAAUCGUGAUUUAACCAACGAACUAGGCCAUAAACUAAAUAUGUAUGCGGAUUAUGGUCCAGGUCCAAAUAAACAUACCUGGGGGUGUGCCUUAUUAUCUAAAUUUCCAAUCAUUGAAUCGAAACAUUAUUUAUUGCCUUCUCCCAAGGGGGAAUUGGCGCCUGCCAUUCAUGCGACUUUGCAAAUGUAUGGCGGGAAGUUGGUUGAUGUUUUUGUAUUCCACAGUGGCCAAGAAGAAGAUGAAGAAGAUAGAAGGUUGCAGAGUGAGAAGCUGGCACAAUAUAUGGGUUCUGUGCCUAUAGGAAGGCCAAGUAUUUUGUUGAGUUAUUUGGUUACUAAACCACACGAAGGAUUUUAUAACAAUUAUGUAAGUGAUGUUAGUGGCAUGCAUGAUAUUGAACCCGAAGACAUGGAAAGGUGGUGUGAAUAUAUUUUAUAUAAAAAUUUGAAAAGAGUAGGGUAUGCAAGAGUUAGUCGUGGCACGAUUACUGAUACUGAAUUGCAAGUUGGCAAAUUUCAAGUUUUGGACGAUAAUGAAAUUCAAGAGGUUGGUGAGGAUUUAUUGUACCAGAAUCACAAAGUCAAGAACGUAGAUGAAGUUCCAUGGGGAUUGAGAUUUCCUUCUAAAUAUUUAGGUGAGGGUGUAGAUGGGCAUUGUUAUCAUGUUUUUGGUGAUCCAUAUUAUUAUGAUUUUGAUUUAGAUGAUCAAAUUUUCGAUGAAGAAGAAAAAAACGAUUGA